GCGCCCGCGCAUGCAGUUUUAGCGCUGGAGAACUCCUUUUUGGGGUCCGAGAAUCAAGAGUUAAUUCUGUGUCCCUCGGCCCAAUCUCACCUCGUUGUUCUCUCUCGAUAGAACUUUUAAACUAGUAACUGGGAGAAAGAGGAAGGCGGUGUAGAAAAUAAUUCAUUGAAGGCCACAAUUGUAAAGAAAAAAACCCUAAGAAUGCCAUUGGCAUUUGGAAUUAGGGUUUGUAAUAUAGUUAUUAUCGGUUGAGAGAAAUCGUUGAAAUCAGGGGCAAUUCAAAUUUCUGAGGAGAUGGGAGGGGAAGAUGGAAACCGGAAUAAGGCUAACCCAUGGCAGUAUCCAAACGGACCUCAUCAAGAGAAAGAUGACGUCAAACUCUGGGGAGUUUUUCUCUUCGGUCUAAUUGGUGCCACUGCCACCACCUUCGCGGUUAGUCAGCUGCGGAGGACUGUAGAUUGGUUCUAUUCUCAGUUAUCCAGGUCACAGUCAUCAUGGAAAGGGGCAACUGGCAGUUCUUUCCGGUCAUCUUUUAAGGAGGAAGCAUGGAGAAGGUAUAAUCGUCGAAUGAGAGAGGAGUAUGAAGAAGAAAUGGAGAGAGUGGAGCGAAUAAGGCGUAUGCAAAGUGUGUUCAACAGAGAGAGGAACAAAUAUAAAAGGAGCUACGAGAGCUGGAGAGAAAAUAAUGGAGGUGAUUAUCAUCACCACUUCCAGCGGGAUGAUUGGUACUGGAAGACAGAUACAUCCUACAGAAGUCAGAGGACUAAUUACAGACAACCUCCUAGAGACAGUGAAAGUUAUUCAUUGUCACAUCACUACUCCAUUUUGGGUCUUGACAGAUCCAGAAAAACUCCUUACACAGAAGCUGAGAUUAAGACAGCAUUCAGGGCUAAAGCAAAAGAAUUUCACCCAGAUCAGAACCAGGAUAAUAAAGAGGCUGCUGAAGCGAAAUUCAAGGAGGUAAUGGUGUCCUAUGAAGCUAUAAAGCAAGAAAGGAAGGACAUGAAGUGAAGUGACAAAUGUGCCACUGUGGUCAAAGCGAUGCUCCAAUAUAUUAAACAGUAUCAUUCAACUUUUUUCCUGUUAGUAUUUAGUUAUCGACCAAAGUUUUGAGUCCUUGGCAAUUUAAUUUUCCUAGAUGGGUUCAAGUGUGAAAUAUAGAUAUUGUAUUUCUAGGUUUGAGUCCAAUAUUGGGUAUAUACGUGCAAUUUCAGGUCAUGUACUAAAAAGGGAAAAUUAUCUUACAUGCAUAAGCUUGCAACAUGGGCAAUUGGCAAUUGGCCAUUUUUUUAACCCUUGUAGAAAAAAUAAUAAGCUCUUUGGUUAUGCAUGCUGAUUAUGGUUGAUUAUACACAUUACAUUUAUUAAUAAUAAUAGUAAUUGUCAUCGCUGGUUUAAACA